UCCACGGGGUCGCGAUGGGUCAGACACGACUUCGCGACUAACAACAACAAAAUCAUAUAUAUGCUUACCUGGCAGUAAAUCCCCUUAAAUUCAGUGUUACUUCUGAGAAAAGAGUUCUGAAUUACACUGUCAGUUUGUUGCAGUCCUGACCAUAUCUGCCUGUCUCUCUGAACCCCAAGCUGUUUCCCUACUCCAGAUAAUUUUCUGUACCAUCUCAGGUACCUUUCUCCACCUGCAGCUCUCUCUAAACAUGUCCAGGGUUGGUUCCAAGACUUUUUGCUGCUUGAGGCAGAAGCUCAUCCCAGUCAGGAUGCAUAAUAGUACUCAAGGCUGUCAAAUGAUUUUGGCCCCUGAGGCGGAAAACCUUACAGGUACCUUUCCCCUUCCUUGCCAUGGAAAAUACAAUAAUGAAUUAUAAAUAAAAAAUAAUACAGUGCUUUUUCAUGACAUCCUGAAUCAACUGUCUGAAGCAGCUACUGAGACUGUAAUGUGUGUGUGUGUGUUUAAAGAACCCUGUCUCUGAAGGACAUAAAGGAAUAUAUGGUCAGGAAGGGGAGCAUUUGAUUUUAGGAAAACUCCUACAGUGUUUUGUUGCCUUAUUUGUUUGUUCUGCUUCAUAUCUAGGCAGAUUCCAGAGUGUUGAAUAAUUAAAAGAUAGAACGGGGAAAUAAUAAAAACAGUAACAUUAAAAACAAGGUAACAUUAAAACUCUGGCUAAUCAGGUGCAACGGCUUCCCUGACCAAAGUUGCCCAUAGUGGGCAUCAAAACAGCAGUAUCGGAGCCGGCCUGGUCUCUGGAAACAGGGAGCUCUCCUCCUGGUAGGCUCCAGUGUCAUGCCGUGGGUCCAUGUCGAACCAGUGGGAGCAUGUCCUCUGAUGACCUCGGUGACUGGGCAGGUAGCUAAGGGGGAAGAGGCUUUCUCAGUUAUUUCGGUCCCAAGUUGUUCAGAGCUGUGUAUAGUAACUGUGUAAGAUUAUAUAAAUCUCCCAAAGAAACAUCUUGACUAAUGGGUGGUAUAGAAAAUAAAUAAAUGAAUGAAUGAAUGAAUGAAUGAAUGAAUGAAUGAAUGAAUGAAUGUAGGGCCUCCAACCUGACUUGGUAACAAAUAGAUGAGAACUAAGAUGCGGAAAGUGAGAAUUAAACCUUCUAACUUUCAAAUCCUUGCUGUUAAAUGUUUUACUUAGGAGUAAAUAUAUUUAUCAAACGGCUUGCGUAAUGACAAAUAUUUCACUGCUAUUGGGUGCUCUGAAGUAGUUUCCAAUCUGCUGCUAUGCAUGAAACUUGAAUGACUUAGAGUGUAUUUCUUCUCGAUAACUGUGGAAAAAACUGCUCUUGUCGAGAGAAAUCCAGAGUGAGAACGAGAUCAGUAAAGCAAGAACUGUGGGAUGAAUAGUGAACCAAUGCUUUAAGCAAUGUAGAUGCUUAUUCCCAAAGAUAUGAAAGCUUGGGGUGGGAGAAAGGGGAAACUGGAAAGAUGCUGGGGGAAGGGGAACCAUUUUUCCACAUUAUUCAGAAAUUCCCAAGGGAAAAAAGUUUUAUUUUUAAUUUUCCAGUUGCUUUCUCCAUCCCAUUUUUUCUGCCUUUCUUCCCCUGGUCAUCACAUGCCCAAGAACUUUCAAAAUGGAAGGAGAACAUACAGGUAUGAAAGACAUGAGUGCCUUAAUCUUCAUUUGUUAGUUUCUCAAACCUCUGAGAUACCUGAAUUGACACUGUCACUCGUAGCUUAACCCUGUUAAAUAAAUAUUCCCUGCUUUGGAAGGCGACAGUGUGCCGUCAUGGAACAGUGUGGCUUUGAGUCAUACAAAACAAACUUGGCAUGCACUACUGCAUUAAAAAAAGUGACAAAAUUCUUCUGCAAUGUGUGAAAGUAAAAAAAGAAAGAAAGCUUGUGGUGACCUUUAUGGGUGUACUAGACAAAUCUGCCAAGCUCCCCCAAAAAAUGUGCAUAUGCAACUGCUCCAGUGCUUUUGUCUUCACUUUUGGAUGCCAGUGCUGGGCUGAGCACCUGCUUUCUCACCCGUGUGUAGGGGAAUGCUCCAGCAGGGCUGCCGAAAGCUUUGCUGGCCCUGCGCGGCCCGUGUUUCAGUUUGUGGUGUGUGGCGGUGGCAUCAUCCAGAAAGAGCGGUGUUCUCUCCGCAAGUGGAGGUGAGGCUGUGUAUGGACACAGGGCACAGAAACUGGGUGAGACCUUCCCAUAUGAGCAGCAUCAACACUGAAUAGCUUAGGAACGCGCAGCAACACCAAGAUGGAGACCCCGGCCAGUGACGAUGAGGCUGCCAGUGAAGUGCUGAGCCACUACAGCAGUGCCAGUGAGAGUACCAGUGUAGUGGAGGAAGUGCCAGGAGGUGAGGCAGUGGAUGAGCAGGCGCAGCAAGAGGAUGUAGAAGAUAAACUGAAAGAGUACAUCGACAAUGUGAUGGACAAGAGUGCCAAGAUCCGGCAGGUUGCUCUAGAGAACCUGCGGCUAGCCUUCUCCUCCAAGAUGCUCUUUGACUUCCUCUUGGAACGCAGGCUCACUGUCACUGACUCUUUAGAGAAGUGCCUGAAGAAAGGGAAAGGGGAGGAACAGUCCCUGGCUGCUACAGUUCUUACACUAUUGUGCCUUCAGAUGGGCUCAGGGCCCGAGGGGGAGGAGGUCUUCCGCAGCCUGAAGCCCCUCCUCGUCACCAUCCUGACGGACGCCUCGGCGAGCCCGGUUGCUCGGCAAAGCUGCGCCACAGCCCUGGGGAUGUGCUGCUAUAUCGCUGCUGCAGACAUGGAGGACCUGGUCUCUUGCCUUGGGUGCUUGGAGGGAAUCUUUGGCCCUUCCUGCAGCAACGAUACCAGCUUAGUGCCCUCCCAUCACAGUCCUCUACUCCAGACCUUGCAUUGCAAUGCACUCCAGUCGUGGUCCCUGCUCCUCACCAUCUGCCCAGGCACCCAGAUCAAGAAGAUCCUGGACAAUCAUUUACCUAAGUUGCCUCUGAUGCUGUCCAGUGAUAAUGUCAACCUUCGGAUUGUGGCGGGUGAAACAAUUGCACUUCUGUUUGAAUUGGCCCGAGACAUGGAGGAGGAUUUCUAUUACGAAGACACGGACCUGCUGUGCACAAAACUGAAAGCUCUGGCCACAGACAGCAACAAGUACCGAGCCAAGACAGACCGGCGCAAGCAGCGCUCCAUCUUUCGUGACGUGCUGCAUUUCAUUGAGAACGGGGAGUGCCAUGAGGAGACCAUCAAGUUUGGACUGGAAUGUAUGUAUGUGGACAGCUGGGCAAGGAGGAGAACAUACAACGCCUUCAAAGAGGCACUUGGCUCCGGGGUCAGGCACCAUCUGCAGAACAACGAGCUGCUGCGGGAAAUAUUUGAGCUGGGCCCUCCACUUGUGCUGGACCCUGCGGCUAUUAAAGCCAGCAAGAUCUCACGUUUUGAGAAGCACCUGUACAACUCAGCUGCCUUCAAGGCCCGGACAAAAGCAAGGAGCCGCGUUCGAGAUAAGCGUGCCGACAUCCUUUGACGGGGGCUGCUUUCCUCCUGCCUUCCCUACAAGCCAAUGAACUACAGACCUGGACCACUGUGAACGCUGCGGGGGGAGGAAGAGCCUGGGCUGAGGGGCUCCCAUGCCCUGGCUCAUUCAGGAACCAGGCUUGUGCCAUGGCCCCUCAGCCCUCCCCCCUUGCCUGGAGGCUUUUAUAUAUGUACAGAACGAUAUUUAAAUGUCUUGGAUCUUUGAAUCAUGGUGGGAUGGCAAUGGGCAGGUGCCAUUUUUAUUUUUUUAACCAAAAAUCUAGAUGAGGUUGGGUAGUGGGGAGAUUUAUCCCCUCCACCACUGGUUUUUUAAGCCAGUGACUUUUUUAGCCUCCUUUCCCUGUCUUCAUUGCUGAAUGCCUUCUGCAGUUGCUCUUGCGGUGCGUGUGGUGAGCGCAGGACUGGAUCUUCUCGGCUGGGGACUUUCUUGGCAAUGAACUCAGCAUGAGGGGUUGGUUCAGUGUGACUGCAGUGUCCACAGUGAAGGCAAGGAAGGGAGUGGCUUGAGGUUGGGUGCCUUGGGGUUCUGCCCCUCCUGUGUGGAAGGUGUUUUUGCCUUGGAUGGAUGAAAUGUACUCCAGAGAUCAGUAUAGUUCAUUAAAAGGUUGGACUGAGAGAAGGGGGUUCUACCACUUCUCUGCUCA